AUGCUAUGCAACCCCCUCUCUGCCACAUGGACAAACCACGCAGCUGGGAUCUGUGCAGUGUCUGUCAUAUGCACGACUGCGUACAAGCUGACAUUUGAAGUUCGCUACAAAACGCCUCAAAAGCACUUCUUCCAGCCUGGUCUCCGACUGAUCCACGACGCAAAACAAAGCCAAGCUCAACGCAAGGAUCGUGAACACCAACAUGCGUUGAAACAUCUUCGCGCCGCUGUGCGUUACUCUUCUGACUGGUGGAUUGGACGAGUUGUCGCCGCCGAGACGACAAUCGGUUUCAUACCGACGGCAAGAAGAUUGGCUCGACUCAUAGAACAGAACGAGGAAGAACAGGAAAAAGCUGCGACAGAAAAGAAUGCGAUCGUAACAAAACAAGCUGAAAUCUGGGAGUACCCAAACCCGUAUACAGUGGUCCCAUCGACUCGUCCUAUCAUACUACUCGGUCCAUGCUAUCAAUCGUCAAGACUUACACAAUUGAUGCAUGCCGCUGUGCGUUCGGCGAUAGUGAAGAAGUUCGGGAGUCGCGUGCGUCGACUGACUACUGAUAUCGGAGACAAAAGCUCGUCGAAACUGACAUUCGAUAUCAACGAAAGAGAGCUUCGUCUCAUAACGGCUAUGACCGAAGAUCUACAUCUGGUUCUACUCGAAUGCCCAAACAUCAGCACACCGGCUGAUGUUGCUCAGCUGAACAUGGCUCCUAUAAUGUUUUUAUUUCGGAUAAGUAACAGAAAGAUUUUGCUCAAACUACUUAAGAAAACAGGCAUCAAAGGAGGGAACGCUGUAGCAGGUGCUGACGCACUCAAUCAGCUGACACCGGAUUUGGUGGAUAUUAUCAUCGAGGACAACGGUCUACACGAAGCCACAAAGAAAAUCUUUAAAUUCUUGGAAGCUUACUGGUUAGCUCUACAUCCAACUACACCAAUUCUGGAAGAGGAAUAUCUUGAAAAGGGAACGAACUUGAAUGCUAAUGAAGAGGCGCACUACAGGGAACACGGUUGUGGCUCAACAAAGCAUUUUGAUCGAAGUAACAAAUAA